GGAAUUCCACCAGACAACUUGUUCAAGCUCAAAGACAGAGUUGAUAUAUUGACUAACUUGCCAAUACCGUCAGGAAUCUCAAAAGACAAUGAGUUGUUCUGGAGAUCUAAUGUUUCGAGCUUUGUCAACUGUGAUACAAACAAUGGAGUUGUUUGAUGCUCAUUGUCACCUCCAAGACAAGAGGGUCAUCGACGAAGCCUCUCAGCUCAUAUCUGCUGCUUUAGCUGUCGGUGUUACCAAUUUCGCAGUCGAUGGAACCUCCGAGAAAAAUUGGGACUUGGUGAAAGGGAUGGGAGAGACGUUUAUUGCUGAUAGAAGCCCUCAUUGGUUUAACACAUUGAAGAAGUUCUUUGAGACCACUCCCAUUGCUGCUGUUGGAGAAAUUGGUUUAGACAAAGGUCCCUUAGCAGGAGGAAUUGAUUACUCGGACCAGCUAGUCGUGUUUCGCCCACAGCUUGAACUUGCAAAAGAACUAAACUAACCUUUAGCAGUUCAUUGCAUCGAUGCCUUCGAUGAUCUCCUAGAGAUAAUGAGCUGAAGUUGUUCCUAAACUCAAUUAGCUUGGUGCAUACUUCUCUUUCUCUGGCUGGUUCACUUACAUUGGUGAGAAAAUUGCGAAGAAGACUUUGAAAUCGGUUUAAGAUCAAAGAGACAAAAGAACAAUCGUCUUCUGCUUCUGCUGUUGUGUGUUAUUACUUGGAUAAGAAAAACUCAUUCAAUACCAAAAUUAUGUUGUUUUCUGUUGCUUACUUGGUAGAAGUUGUAACAAUGUAUUUCUUCUUAUUGACUUGUGUAAACCAGUUAUGUUGUUUGAUUUUUUCGAUAGUUUACAUUUUCUCUUAUAAAUUCCCUUUCUGAGG